CGCAGGAAGGUUUCUUGUUGGUGUGGAGGCGGAGUCGGGGGAAAUCAUGGUGGUUGUGAGAUGCUGAAAGGGAGCCUGGGUAUCGUUUGCACUGGUUGUUAAAAAGAAGAAGAAAUCGCCGAGGAGAAGACAGGCACAUGGUUUGUGAUGAACAUAAGCGCAGCUUGGUGAAGUGAAUUCCAACAAGGACUGUCUGUCCUCUAGAAAUGGAUGAAGAGAGUUUGGAAGCCGCAAUUCAGACUUACAAUGCCCAACUUCAGCAAGUGGAACUGGCUUUGGGAGCUGGGCUGGACCCGUCACAAGAGUCGGAUCUGAUCCAACUCCAGUCAGAUUUAAAGCAGCUGAUCGAACUUACCGAAUCCAGCCUGGUGUCUGUGAAAAAGAGCAAACUCUUUGCCACUUUGGACCCAGGGACGAUCUCCACAUCUCCAUCCGCUCAUCUAAACCAGGACAGUAGUAAGUCUGGCAGACCCAGUGGCGACGAAGAAUACGCAGCUUUUCAGGAAGCGAUUGCUGAAGUGGAUGGAGGGGGCGAGCCCUCGGGUAUUCGGGACGAGGCCUACCCCAAAACAGACAGUGAGGCUGACAGUGAGGGGGGAGAAGAGGAACUAGAGGAGGCAGCCAGUGGGAUGAAAGUGAAAGCCCCUUACUACAGCUCUUGGGGCACCCUGGAAUACCACAAUGCCAUGAUCGUGGGGAGCGAGAGUUUGGAAGAUGGAAGCGCGGGCGUCCGAGUUCUCUAUCUCUACCCCACUCACAAAUCCCUGAAGCCGUGCCCCUUUUUCCUGGAAGAGAAAUGCCGAUUCAAGGAGAAUUGCCGAUUUUCCCAUGGGCAGGUUGUCUCUGUGGAGGAGCUGCGUCCGUUUGAGGAUCCUGAUCUCAGUUGCCUGGCUGUCGGCUCAGCCUGCCUGGCCAGGCAUCAGGAUGGGAUCUGGUACACUGCCAGAAUCACCGACAUUGAUAGCGGGUACUACACCGUGAAAUUUGAUUCCCUGCUGCUGAAAGAAGCCGUCGUGGAGGGGGAUGGUAUCAUACCUCCACUGCGCAGCGAGGACGGAUCUUCCUCUUCUGAUUCAGAAGAUGAUGACGUGGACGAUGCGGGAUACGCUAAAGUCAUCGAGUCCGGUGCCCCCGAGAACGGGGAAGGGCCCUCUGCCUGCAGUUCCUCCUUUGGCAGCUGGGAGGCGCAUACUCGAGGCAUCGGCUCUAAACUCCUUGCUCAGAUGGGGUACGAGCUCGGGAAAGGCUUGGGGAAGAACGCAGAGGGCCGCGUGGAGCCCGUGUUGGCUGUUGUGCUGCCAAAGGGCAAAUCCUUGGACCAGUGUGCCGAGAUACUUCAGAAGAAGAGGGAGGGGAAGCUCGAUCCAGCCAAACCCAAGCGACGGCGGGCGAAAGGAAGUGGUGCCACCCAGUCCUCUGCACGGCGCCCGAAGCCCCCCAAGAGAAACGUGUUUGACUUUCUGAACGAAAAGCUUCAGGGCAGGGACUCUGGUGAGCAGCCAGGGGGGCUGGCGCCGCUCGAGAGGGACAGCAAGGAGAUCUACCACGCUAGCAGAAGCACCAAGAGGGCGCUGAGCGUGCGCCUCUUCCAGACAGUGGAGAAGAUCGAGCAAACGCAGAAGGACAUCCGCGGGAUCCAGGAGGCCCUGGCACGCAACGUUGGACGGCACAGCAUCGCCACAGCUCAGCUGGAAGAAAAGCUGGCCGGCGCCCGCAAAAAGCUGGCUGAGCUACGGUCUCAGGAGUCCAGCCUUCAGCGAGAGCAAAAGAAAGCCGACACGCACAAGAAAAUGACCGAGUUCUAGUCUGCCUCUCUCGUUCGCCCUCAGUCAUGUCUGUUGGCUGGGCUGCUGUCCUGCUGCGCCGUGCAGCCAACUGGGAGCUGGAGCUGCAUCUUCUCUUCUGGACCUCAUUCAUCCCAGCACCAGAACUUGGACCAAAAGACACAGGCCGGAUCUGCACCCUCCUAGCUGUCUUGACUGGUUACGGAAUAGUCGCCCUAGGAGUAAGAGCAGAUUACCCUUUUGCCUUUCCUUUUUGUUUAUCGCCUUUGUAAGAAACCUCCAGGAAGACCCCGUGGCCAGCCACAUGUGGGGCUUCAGGAAGAGGUUGUGUUGGAGGGAGGAAGCCAUCAACAUGCAUCAGUCACUGUUGCGGCUGUUUGCUUGGCUCUUUCUGCUUCCGGGAUUCCUUUGUGGGGCGUCAGUGGCAGAUUUUUCUCUCCUUGUUCGGUUGCAGCAGAAAUAACUUGGAAGCACUAUAAGUAGAAAGAAUUAGGGAAGAUGAGAUGGUGGGGCUGUCUACCACCCUGGGGCCUCCUGGCCUGGCAGAAGGAGCGGCUGCAUCCCUACGCACAGCCCCCGAGCCGUGUGUCACAUGCGAAACCCCAGCCUCUUUGUCCUCUGUAGUGCUGUGGUCUGAUGAGAGGAAUUACACCAGCCAUGGAAAAAGUGCCUGCAAGAUACGUUUGCCACAUUACAAUGGUUUGGUACUUCGAUUGUUGUCAGCUCCCUGUGUCCCUGGAUCUGAAGCCCUGCCACCCAAAUUGGCAUGACGUUUGCUGGCGGCAUCACGUGAUCUCUUUCCACCUGUGAAAUGGCAUGGAAAUCUGGUCACAUGAUGCCUCCUAGUGAAGGAGUUGUUCCCGAGACUGCCAAAAACCUUGGAAAGCAGGGAGGGGAGGUGGCAGCCGGCAUGGACGCUGGAUAGAGCGAGCGCCAUCACGCAGUGAGUUUAAGCGGCAGCCACGUAACAAGCAGUCACUCGAUUCCGUCCUUAACCUGCUGCUUCUCUCAAAACCGAAGACGGAGCGGAGAGAAGUUGCUGUCGUUCUCGCUUGGGCCCGCAGCCUGGACUGAGAUGCGAUCAGAGAACACGAUGCACCAUUUUAUCUCAGAAGGAUGCUGUGGGGAGAAGGGCGGCCCGUUCUGUGAUUCAGGCAGGCAUCGGCAUCCGUGUAACUUCCUCUGCUCGUUUCCUUUCAA